UCUGACUUCUGAGGCAGGCGGGGUUCGAUUCCAUUUCCGCAGUUGACAUUUCCAAAAAUCUCCUAUUAACCUAUUUCCUAAUUUUCCAUUUUUACUCUCUCUGUGGUGUGCUCGUUUUCUCAAAUAUUCUUUCCAUCUCUGAACUUCUCCCGCUCUACCCAUUUCCCAAUUCAUAGUUUCGUCCCGUUUUCCUCUUCGAAAGUUUCAGUUCCAUGGCCCACUUGGAAACCGAUCAUUCUCCCCCAUCUUCUUCCGAUCACUCCAGCGAUUUCUCUGGAUCCGUGUCCUCGGAUGGCGACGGCGACAGCAACGGCGAUCACCGUGUCUCUUCUUCUGGAAAAACUGACAGGAACUCAUCUCAAGAUAAUACUCAAGGUGAAUCAUCAGUGGGUAGGGAAUCAGAUCCUAGCUCAAGCAAGCUUAUCAAGGUGGAGAAGUCAAGAAAGAGUCGUCGAUUAGUUGCACAUUUUUUUGAUGAAGGUCAUCUCGAGGAGAAGCACGUCAUCAGACUUUCAAGUUUGGAUGUGUUUGACUUGACUACGCUUAAGUGGUUGAAAAAGGUUGCCACAGUACAGGACGAUGGAACUGUGAAGAUGGAAGUUCUAGAGGGCAUUCAACCAGAAAGUUUUCAUUUUGAAUCUGGAAUUAUGGUUGAUGAAGCUGUAGAUGAAGAACCCCUUGACAUGGCAGAUGUUCCAGCCAUCCCCCCACUACAAAUUGUGAUGCUCAUAGUUGGUACAAGAGGAGAUGUACAACCUUUUGUUGCCAUUGGGAAGCGUUUGCAGGAGUAUGGCCAUAGAGUUAGAUUGGCAACUCAUGCAAACUUUAAAGAUUUUGUACUCUCUACUGGGUUGGAGUUCUUUCCUUUGGGAGGAGAUGCUAAAGUUCUUGCCGAUUAUAUGGUCAAGAAUAAAGGAUUCUUUCCAUCAGGACCUUCGGAGAUUCAUACUCAACGAAAUCAUUUGAAGGAUAUUAUUUUCUCAUUACUUCCUGCGUGCCAGGAUGUUGAUCCGGAAUCUAAAAUUCCUUUUAAAGCAGAUGCGAUAAUUGCUAAUCCCCCCGCAUAUGGUCAUACUCAAGUGGCUGAGGCGUUGAGAUUACCACUUCAUAUAUUUUUCACAAUGCCAUGGACGCCCACCAGUGAUUUCCCUCAUCCUCUAGCUCAUGUCAAGCAUCCAAUAGGAUAUAGGCUUCAGGAGGAAGAAGCUGAAACUGAGACGAAUAUCCUAUCUCAGUGGACAUUACAGCACUCCACCGGAUUUGCCUUAUGGGUAUAUAUGGAGUCCUCAUCUUCUUCCCAAACCAAAAGUAGCGAUCCCUGCUGGCAAAAUAUUCUACAACAAAAGCAACGGGUUCUAUGGUUUGAUGAGUCGGUUCACCAUUUCAAGUGUUAUUUUCCUGAUUGCCAAUGCUUGGCACUAUACUGGAAUUGGGGCCCUAAAAUUGACGUGGUUGGAUUUUGUUUCCUUGACCUUGCUUCCAAUUAUGAACCGCCAAGUUCUCUUGUGGAAUGGUUGGAAGCGGGUGAAAGGCCUAUUUAUAUUGGAUUUGGCAGCCUUCCUGUUGAACAACCUCAAGAAAUGACACGGAUUAUAGUUGAAGCUCUGGAAAUAACAGGAAGGAGAGGAAUAAUCAAUAAGGGCUGGGGUGGUCUUGGAAGCUUGGCAGAGCCAAAAGAGUUUGUGUACGUGCUGGAUAAUUGUCCCCAUGAUUGGCUAUUCCCGAGAUGCAUGGCUGUGGUACACCACGGGGGUGCAGGAACAACUUCAGCUGGACUUAAAGCAGCGUGUCCUACAACAAUUGUGCCGAUCUUUGGUGAUCAACUAUUUUGGGGAGAGCGAGUGCAUGCAAGAGGACUUGGACCCCCACCUAUUCCGAUUGCUCAAUUUUCACUUGAAAAUUUGAUUGAUGCCAUAAACUUUAUGCUAGAUCCCAAGGUAAAAGAGAGGGCUGUGGAACUUGCCAAGGCCAUGGAAAGUGAGGAUGGUGUAGGAGGUGCAGUGAAUGCUUUCCAUAAGCAUUUUCAUCAAAGUAAAACGCUGGCUAAAACUGGUUUCUCACUUUCUAAACGUGGCUUCUCUGUUAGACGACUCCUCCAUUUGUCUAAAGAGAACUAAACUUCAUCUUUCUUCUUUCUUCUUUUCUUUUAUUGUUACAGCCUGAGUUUCAUUUACAACCUCAUGGUUUGAGCAUAUUUUCUUCCUUUCUUUUUUUUUUCCCUUUUUUCUAGUGUAGUGUAAUAGACUUGGCGUAUGAACAAUAAAUAUAAUUCACAUGGAA